AGCUACAAUAAGAUAUAUACACUAUUGUCCAUCGUGCAGGUGAAUGCGGAGCAUAUCUGGGCUACAGUAGACGAAGCCAGGAUACAUAAAGUGCCACAUAUCCUGGCCCCACAACUCCUCUCCAAACACAGGAGAGACUGCGUCAGUGUUGAUAUGAGAGGGGCACACUGUAAACGUGCGCUCGACAGCCUUUGUAUUUCAGUGAGACUUUAGAUGUCACGUGACUUCAACCAGGAAGCAAGACGGGUUGUGUGGUCUUGAGGGUGUUACACAUACAGGCACAUCAUGGCAACUGACAGUUGGCAAAGUGGGAAGUCCUUCCCGGAAACCAACCUGCAUAUGUUGGACAGUUUGUUGUUGGCUGAUGUGGCCUUCCUCGUUGGAGAUCAAAGGGAGACAAUCCAGGCUCAUAAGUUCAUUUUAGUCAGCCGAAGUUGCGUGUUUCACGCGAUGUUCUGUGGAUCGAUCCCCGAGACGGGCCAAGUACUUAUUCCUGAUAUACAGAUAGACAACUUCAAGGCCUUCCUAAGGUAUCUCUACACGGGGAAGGUGGAGUUAACACCUAACACUGUCCUUGGUCUGAUGUACGCUGCUAGGAAAUACAACAUCACAGGACUGGAAAAGCAAUGUGAGGAGUUCUGCUUACAAUCUUUGUCGCCUAGCAACGCAUGUUUAUUUCUACAACAAGCAGACCUGUUUGAUAAAGAAGACCUUAAAGAAAGAGCUCUUAAAGUAAUCAAAUCCAAUGCCGAGGUGAGUGUUGCUAGCGAGGGAUUCCGUGAGCUAAGCAAGGAAUGUCUAAAGCUAAUCCUGAAGGCAGUUGACAUGAGAGUUGACGAGAUUUGCAUCUUCCGAUCUGUGAUGUCGUGGGCGGAAGCUGAAUGUAGACGUCAGGGAAGGGAAGUAGCUCCAGAAGAGAAAAGACAAGUUUUGGGAGAGUGUUUGUUUCUCAUUCGCUUUCCAUCUAUGUCAAUGGUGAAAUUUGCCACAACUGUCUGCAAUGAAGGUAUUUUAAGUGAUAACCAUGCCUUGAUGUUAUUUAGAAAAUACGCCAUAAGCGACCUGGAUAUACGGCCGUUCUGUGACAUAUCUCGGAAAUCUCCUGUCUAUAACUUGUCUCGCUUACCUCCUGACCAAGAGCCCAAAAGGAUUGUUAUCUUAUGUAAAUGUCUACGUGAUGCGUUGAUCAUAUCCUGUGAUGCCAGUGUUCACCUGACCGGGCUGAGCAUGUAUGCUGGGAAGAUGGCGGACAAGGGGUCUGUAGACAUAGUUGUUACUGACAGUGAUGACACAACCCUGCUGCAGCACCACCAGGACCUGGAGGUGACAGAGGGACAACUCUCAGAUGUGGUGAUGUUCCCUUCACCUCUGUCUGUCAGCAAAGGAAAGAAGAUAAAAAUCAAAGUCACUAGGGAGGGCAAUGAACAUAAAGUAAAUACGUGUACAAUGAACAACCAGAGAUUGAUGACACAUGAAACAUCAGGUGUUGUGUGGACACUGGAGCACUGUAAGGAGAGUCAAUCUAACAACAGCCUAGACUAUGGAUUGCUUACAGGGUUUUUCUUCGAGUUGUAGUGUACUUAUCUUUUCACCCUGUAGUGUAUUUACCAAAAGGCGACUGUGGGACAACUCUCCUGCCAACUCUUCCGUCUGUGUACGCCUGUAAUGUAAACAGGUACUAAUUACGGUCAGCAGCGCAUGAGUGGUAUAUAUAUUUGGCAUUUGAUGCUUGAUCUUCUUUUAUAUGUCAUACCACGUCUGUAAUUAAGUUUCAUUUCCGAGUCUGCAUUAAGGACGUACCUACCAGGAGAAACAGGUUGCUAAGAUCAUAACAUUGUGUGUGUGUGUGUGUAUGUUUGUGUGUGUGUUUGUG